AUGCCCUCUACCGAAGACCAGGAGCAGGAGCAGGAGAGCGGCCCGCCGGUACGACGCUCUGCCGCCCCUCCAGGCUUCGACGACCCUGACUCGUGGCGCCACAACUUGACUCUGGACGAGGUCGAGGAGAAGGACAUCGGGCCCGUGGCUCGCGGUGUCGAGAUUCCCGCCAUGGAGAACAGCGCCCUACGAUUGUUGAUGCUACGCGACUCGCUGCCGGACCUCGACUCUGCCGGCCACAGGGAGCUGGAGCGAUGGUACAUCGACGGCUUCGCCGAGGCCGUCAUGUGCGGCGACGGGUACUACCUCAAGGUGUGCAAGAGCUCGUCCGGCAUCCCGGUCGGCCUCGGCGGCUGGACCGUGGACUCGAGCUCGCCCGCAAAGGAUCCUCAAGGCGGACAAGCCCGGCGACGGGCCCGCGACGACCGCCACGCUGCGCAGUACCGGCGCGAUUGGUUCCCGGCGGCGGUGAAGGGCGAGAGGCACCGCUUGAUCAGUGAGAUGCUCAAGCAGGAACGAGAGCGUAUCAUUGGCAACCUUGGACACGUCUGCUGCGUGGACUACAUGGCUGUUCACCCGCUGUUCCAGCGCCGAGGCGUCGGGUCGUGGCUGCUCCAGGAGAUCUGCGACUACGCUGAUGUGCAGGGAUACCCUGCCUAUGUGCUGACGCCGAAGCCUGAGGCGCCGUUCUUCACCAAGUUCGGAUUCUACAACGUUACAAUCUUUGACUCGGAGGUGGGCAGCCUCGUGAGCAUGAUACGAUAUCCUCCCGCUGUUCUCGACGGCUGA